GUCGCACCACGUCACCAUGUCGCGACGAAGCAUGGACGACACCGAUGACCCUUCAGGACUGUCGCAGUACACACUGUACGAGACAAAAUCGCGCUACUACAUCACCUCGUCGGCAGGUAGCGCACACCGUGUGCUCAAGAUCGAUCGCACAGAUCCUGAUGUGUUGAACGUGGUGGAAGACGCGACCCAUUAUGAUACCCAGCAGCUCGACUUACUGCUCCGCAUGGUGGAGGACGGCAACAAGAGCCAGGGCGGACUGGCCAAGCUGCUCGACUUCUACGGCAUUGUGGGCUUUGCGAGAUUUACGAGUACUUGGUACCUCGUCGUGAUCACACAGCGUUCGGUGGUGGGACUCAUUGGCGGACACUACACUCCUUCCGAUCUCCCCAAAGGCAGCCAAUACGGCCCAAGAGGCCAAAGCAUCUUCGAUCAGGUCGACUUGUCCAAGAACUUUUACUUUUCGUACUCUUAUGACAUCACGAACACCCUCCAGGUCAACCUCACCACGCACCCAGACGAGAAGUUGUGGAACUCGCGCUUCAUGUGGAACUACCACCUGCUCACGCCUGCGUUCGACCUGGAGGAUCCGAAGAAUCGAAGCCAAUGGGUUUUGCCGCUCAUUCACGGAUCGUUUGACCAGACAAAAAUCAACGUCUUCUCGCGUACAGUUUAUCUCACGCUCAUCGCUCGCCGAUCGCGCCACCAUGCCGGUGUGCGUUUCUUGACUCGAGGAGCUGAUGAGAAUGGCGACGUUGCCAACGAGGUAGAGACUGAGCAGAUAGUGUCGGAACCCCUGGCUACAGCUUUUGGAUAUCCUACAAACCCAGAAGCUACCGCAGACUACAGCGGCUACACCAGCUUUGUCCAGAUCAGAGGCAGUAUUCCAGUCAUGUGGCACCAGACGUCAGACAUCAAGACGCCGAAACCGCCGAUCGAGAUUACUAUCAAAGACCCAUUCUAUACACCUGCGGCCAAGCACUUUGACGAUUUGCUGGGGCGAUACGGAGCACCUAUCUUCAUCCUCAACUUGGUCAAGAGCAAGGAAACGGUACCUCGAGAGUCCAAGCUGCUCGCAGAGUACGGCGAAUGUGUCGAGUACCUCAACCAGUUCCUCCCCGAAGGCAAGCGGAUGCGCUACAUUGCCUGGGAUAUGGCUCAGGCGGCCAAGAGUCGACACCAGGACGUGAUGGGCAUCUUAGAGGACGUCUGCGAGGAAAGCCUCCAGCAUACCCACUUCUUCCAUGGUGGAGCUGCUCGAAACGAGCCAAACUCUGGGCAGCAUCGAGAGACGCCGCUCCUGCAGUGUGGUGUUCUGCGAGUGAAUUGCGUCGACUGCCUCGAUCGUACGAACGCGGCGCAGUUCGCCAUCGCCAAGCGAGCUUUCGGUCACCAGCUCUACGCCUUGGGACUUCUCAGCACCCCGAAUCUUCCUUUCGCAUGCGAUGCGGUCGAGGUGUUGACAGAGAUGUAUCACGACCACGGCGAUUUCCUAGCCUAUCAAUACACUGGCAGUGCUGUUGUCAACCGCGACACCUACCGCCCAACCAAGGCGACUCAGUGGACGAGCCACUCGCGUGAUCUUGCCCAAAACAUUCGCCGAUACUUCAACAACUCCAUCCUUGACGCUGAUAAGCAAGCUGCUAUCAACCUCUUCCUCGGAGUGGAUACCAAUGCGCCAAUCGUGCCCCGCGGCCCUCGACCAAACUACCGAACGUGGUUCACGCGGUCACAUCUUGAUCCUCCUCGACUUGGGGCGCUGGGCGAUGAGGACCCUCCAAAGCCCCUGUUCACCGACUACUACAAGCCCGAAACGCUCACGCAAAUGGACAAGCUUUAUGCUUAUGAAAUGACCUCCACGCUCAAGUUCACCACGACCCGGACGAAGAACGGCGUGUUGAGCCCUUUCGAGACUCUUUCGGCCCUCGGAGCCGGCCCAGCCUCACCGACAUCGAGGACGCCCGAAACGCGACGCACGGCAAGGAGGUUUGCUCACACCGGGUCGCCGACCAAGCAUGGCGAGACACCGCCAUCUCCGACAGAGGUCGAGGCUGAACUUCCGAGCGCCGUUCAGUCGCUGGUGAACACGCUCCUCGACCCUCCAGACCUCGAGCAGCGAAUCAGAGAUUACGACUACUACAUGCACUACCACACCAUCGACCUGCUUUCCGACAGUUCCACAGCCGAGCCCCAGGAUCUGCAGCGCUACGUUCGUGCCGCCCAACUGGCAGCCGGUCAAGAGGUGACUGAGCCGAGCGCUGAGACUCCUGGAACCUUGUCCGCUGCAGCGGCUCUGCAAGAGGGCACCGAGCGCUACGAGCAGUACGAGCCUCCGAAGGCCAGCGUCACAUACUAUGAGAAUUGGCUGCACACAUAGUGUACGACCAUCACCCAAUGUUGUAUCCA